AUGGAGGCUGAGAGCUCCAAAGGUUUUUUCCUUACAGCUCACCCACCCUUCAUCAAUAACUCGGAGCUCCUGUCUGUAAGAGAGAAGCUGCAGAAGGCCUUGAGUCUGUACAUCUCAGACACACUGGCCCUCACUGACACACUGAGAGGAUUCCUUGAGAGUGCCUCCAAGUGGAAGGAAGAAAGAGAGACAGAGCUCAAGGAGAUUAACAAGAAACCCAACCAUCAGGAUCUGGCUGCCGUGCUGACAUGCACGCUUGGAGGUCUGCAGACACUCGGCUGCGUCCUGGGUGCGCUGGAGGAGCUGGCUGUCACCUCACUUCAUGUAUUCAUGCAGAAGAAGCAGGUGGUGAAUCACCUGCCAGCAGGGCUCAGCUUCGAGCACAUCCAGGUGGUAAUCUUUGCUGCUCAGCUGAUCUCUCCGCUGCUCCUUGAGUUUAAAAGAGAUCAAGGCGUUUUCUUCGAGCCCUGUGUGCAGAAUGUGGAGGUGAUGGCGUAUCAGCUGGAGCGAUACAUGCAGGCCACGCAGAGGAUCUGUGGCGUACUUGAGAAAUGCUCUCUGGAUGAUAUCUGCCCGGAGACAAACAGAGAGGUUGUGGUAGACCUACAUAAGGAUUUAUCUGAGGAUGACACAGAGAGGAUGCUUUCUUACAUCAAUCAGCUCGCUGAAAUCAGGAUGGACGUGAAUUUCAGGAUGGUGUUCUUGUUCCAAGAAGUAUCGUGCUCUGGCUUCAUGGAUGAGUUUGAGAAGCGGCAGCCAAGGAUGCUGCAGUUCCUAAAGGAUCUGGAGGGGGUCGCUGUGCAGCUCGACUCCAUGAAUAAGGGGGCAAAGAUCUCCAAUGUGGUUGGCAGCUCUGUGGGGGCAGUGGGAGGGGUUCUCGUGAUUGCUGGUUUGGUUUUGAUUCCUUUCACACUAGGUGGAUCUCUUGCUUUGAUCGGUGGGUUAGGGCUUGGAAUCACCAGUGGCCUCAACAGUGUUGUCACCACAUUCACAAAGUUAGGAGUCAACUUGACGCAGCAAGGAAAGGCCAAUGAAUUCUUCCAGAACUUCAUGACUGAUGUGCAGAGUCUGCAGGAUUGUUUGCAGGAGGUGACAAGUCAGAAGGUCACUAAGUUAGAGUACAAAUUUUUAGAAGUAAUUGAGGAAGUUGUCAAGUCAGGUGUUAGCCUUUGCUCAGUUGAAAGUAAAAUAUCUUCGCUGGUUGAAGCUGUCUCUGCCUUCACAGCUGUGGAAAGUGAAGAGAUAGCCGUCAGUGCCGGUGAGGUGGCAGUCCUAGAGGGCAGGGGUUUGAGUAGCGUGUCCAGACUGGCCUCAGAGAUUCCAGAGGUAGCGAUGGCGGCAGUAAAAGUUCCCCUCAGAGAGCUGCCUGCCGUCGGCCUCAAUAUUUUCUGUAUUGGUUUGGAUAUCUACUUCAUCUGUAGAGACAGCAUCAGUCUGGCCAAAGGCAAUGAGACUGAAGUGUCCCAGUUCAUCAGAGCCAGAUCUGCCCUCUUGAAGUCAGAGAUCGACUCUUGGGAGAAGAUUCAUGAUGCCCUGAGCAAAGGUCUGCCAACAUCAGAGGAAAAACGAGCUGUGCUUGAGUCAUGGUUUUACUGUGGUUACACUGAUAUCUACCUACAAGGAGGAGGAGAGAUUAUUUCGCUCUGAUUAAUGGGUAAAAUAGGAAGAACAGUUAUGUCCUGCUCUGUAGCGCUGACAGUUAUGCCUCCUGGAACAGUUAACAACGUUCUCCUUAGCUGGACUUUUAACCACAUUUAUACGUCCACUGUUAAAAGGUUGCACUUAUGAACACUUAUCCCUGCAUGCAGCAAAAAAUAUAAUAGCUCUGUCAUCCAAGUCUUCUUUUAAGGGAUAAAUAUCUGCAACGCCAUUUUUCUCAGUCCAUUUUCAAGUCUUGUCGCCUUUCCAAGAUCAUCUACUAAACCUUGUGCCCCUGUCCUGAUUACAGUGUAAUGUAUGUAUGCAUGAUUCAGUAUUAAAUACUUCCCGGUGAAACGAAAA